ACCACCAAAUGCUUCUUUGAAGGCCUCUUUAAAACCGACUUCAAUUCCCUUUAUUGUUUGAGUUUUCAAGGAUAAUAAGAGGAUUAUUGUACAAUUUAUUAGAAAUAUUUAUUUGCCGUAAUUUUCCAGGAAAAAAUUGAGGAAUUCUGUCGGUUUGUAACGUAACAUUUGUACUAUUCUAUGGUAUUCGCAGAAUAAGACAUUAACUUAAUAAAAAGAAGAAAUUUCGUUUAUGCUGAUAUAUAUUAAUUGCUAUGAGUGAUAAUGUCUUUAUGGAACCAGAUCCAUGGGCUUCAAAUAGCACUUGGGGAUCUCCCAUCAAACCCCUGACUUUUGAAACCGCUUUAGGAAACUCGUCAAUUCCAUCUCAGUAUAAAGAAUGCUGGGAAGAAAUUCAAAACCUUGAUCAAUUUCUUUACCCAAACCCGUCUCUAUACUCCAAAAUAUUUGGAAUACCUGACCAAGUUAUUUCAGAAUUUUUCGACUUGAUCCAGUGCACGAGCGAACCCUUGCAACAACGACAGUUUUUUGCCCUUUUAGCACUUGCCGCCUUUUAUCAACUCGGAGUUCCCACUACUUUGGAGCAACUUCAAAAGCAAAGAAAUGUUUUACCUAUCCUUCAAAGGUGUAACCUAGACCCGUCUCUUCUUCAUAAUGAAACUGAAGCACCCCUCUUCUCUCAUCCUUCCACGAUUAGCUCUCGUAGAACAUCUUCAAACCCAUUUCUUGUCUCCUCUAUUCCGCAAUUACAAAAUAUUUCCCCUUUCCCUAAUUUUCCUUCUACUCCUUCUCCUACAGAAAGAAAGGGGUUUUUAUACAAUUAUGAUAAUCCAUACAGGCCUUCCUCUUCUUUUUCUUCAGAAUCAGCCCCUGUUGUUCCCGAUACGUCUCCUUCUCCAAGGGAGGGAGCUGCCGAAAAUACAUCUUAUCCUCCGAGAAAGACUACACAUGAUAACUUUGGUAAAACCAAUUCUCCUAUUUAUUUGUCUCAACCUUUCACAGAGCCUUCGUUAGAUUCUUUGCCUCAGUCUUUAAUAGAUUCAUCAAAGAACAACCAACGUAACUUUAGUCGGCGAUAUACACAUACGGAUCCUUUCUUUAACAAAAACGAGCUAAACGUUGAUAUUGAUCUUGAACCUAGUGGCUCUCUCUUUUACCGCCAUAACAAUUACAUAAUUUCAGAUUCACGCAAUACUCGAGAGGUGUUAAGGCGAUAUAGUGACUUUUAUUGGCUUCACUCGUACCUUGUGGAAAAAUACCCUUGGAGAAGAGUUCCUUUACUACCUUCAAAAAAGUUCCAUUUUGCCAAACGAACAGCAUCCAGCAGAAACACAUUUUUAGAACAUAGAAGACAGGGGCUAUAUGAUUUUGUAAAUGACGUUGCUUAUCAUCCAAUCUUUUCGGAAGACGAAAUUGUUCAAGUAUUUUUCAAAGAGCCUAAUGUGUUCAAAAACUGGAGAAAAGAAAAUUCUACCCUCAUAAAAGGAAGCAUCGCUUCCAUUCUUCAAGAGCCAAUGGACUCUGUACCUGAUGUAUCGGAAUCAUGUAAAGAGCGGCUUUUAAAAGCUGGUACUGCUUGUACAAUAGCAAUUAAUAAUCAGGUCAAUAUUAUUAAAAUUUUUGAAAAAGCUAUUUGUACAGUGGAUCACCUUCAUGACGAUAUCAAUCGUUUACAAAACUCCUUUAACUGCUUACUUGACAGUGGUAUCUAUCAUCGAGUUUUCAAUUCUACUUUUGCCCAAAGAGAAAGCAAUACCAUGUCUUUGGUCAGUAGGCAUGCCUACAAUAUUGAUACAUUACUGCAUCAACGAAGUUUUACAUUGAAGAAUUCAUUUAUAAUUAAUCUUACUCGGGAAACCAAGAUGCUUAUAUCAUUAAGGCAAUUGAUUGAGAGAAUGACCAUCCCAUUUGGUUCUGAUUUAACCAAAGUUAAACAUUUAAUAUCUAAUGAUGAGAAUUUAUUAAGAGAAGCUACGAUAAACGAUUCGACUAAUGGAAGAAGCUCUGCUAUUCUUGACAGGAGCCCCGAAAACCGAAUUGAAAACAGUUUGCAUAAGAAAAAACAAUUUUAUGCCGAUACCCUUCGGCAAAGGUUCCGAAUUGAUCAAUCCCUACAAGAAGAAAUUCAGUAUCUACAGAACUACAUAACAAUACUCGGGAACCCUUACAUUGACUAUUGCAAACAGCACAUCAAGUAUGAAGAGGAAGGUUUGAACAUAUGGCAAUCUCUAAAGCGUGACUUCGAAAUUUUAUACGAAUAAUCUAAUGUAUUGAAAAGUUAAUAGCUAUAAAAGAAUAUACAAACAAAAAAAGAAACCUGUAUGUAAGUAAUAAAACG